AUGUCUUCUGAAACGAUGCAAGCAUGGGUCUUCAAAAAGAAGGGAGCACCCUCGGACGUCCUGCGCAAGGUCGAGGAUUGGCCCAAACCGGUCCCCAGGGGCAAGCAAGUGCUCAUCAAGAUCCAUGCCGCGUCUCUCAAUCGUGAGUUUUACCUCCUGCGCGUACUAUCCAGUGUGAUAAGUCGUGGAUCGAAGGCUACGAUCACCAAGCCGGACUCCGCGGAAAGUCCUGGGGAAGCGCUUCAACGUAGAUGACGUCUUGGUCGUCCGCCUGACCUGGAGGAGCAUGUGCCGGCGGACGCUGCAUAUAUUAACCCUCGUGGUAUUGUUUCCUAUCUCACAGCCAUCGGAUGGAAAGGGAUGGGUGUCUUCCCCAUCUCGGCUCUACAAAAAGUACCUUCGGUCCCUGAAGCCGACCUCGCCGGUACAAUCGCGGGAGGCAACCUCGAAGGCAGCGGAUUCGCCUUGGGCGACGCCGUCUUUGGUCAAAUUCCUUAUGGCGACAUCUUCAAGACCGGCGGAGGUGUCUUGGCCGAAUAUGCCGUCAUCGACCAUGACUUGCUCGUCAAGAAGCCGGACAACAUCUCGUUCGAAGAAGCUGCUUCGUUCCCUCUUGCCGGGUUGACGGCGUGGUACGUCCUUGGUCAUCUGGGUGGUCUCAAGAAGGAUCAAGAUGGCGAACAGAAGCGCGUCUUCAUCAACGGUGGAUCGGGUGGAGUCGGCGGCUACGCCGUGCAGAUCGCUCGUCUCCUCGGCGCUUUCGUCGUCACGACCUGUUCGGAUGCCUCCUGGUCUUACGUCGAGUCGCUCAAGCCCAACGAAGUGAUCAACUACCGCCAAGUCGACCUCGCGCAAGAACUGACUAAGCGCUACUCGUCGCGACCGUUCGACCUCAUCUUUGAUACCGUCGGCAUCGACUUGCACAAGGAUAGCCCCAAAUUCCUCAAAGCCGACGGACCGGGUUACAUCGACAUCGCCGGACCUCAUAUGACAGGAACGGUCAUGAGCACGAUCGGUAGCCUUUCGAGCAUCUUAUACCGUACGGCGUGGCCGAGGCUCUUGGGUGGCACACCGAGGAAGUACCGCUUCGCCCGGUUGCCCGUGGAGAAGAUGGUGCCCGAGCUGAAGCAGGCAGCCGAGCUCUUCAAGGAUGGUGAGUAUGAGGCGAAGGGCGGAAUUGUCUACCCGAAACAGUUGCUGACUAUGUUUUAUCUGACCGUGUUUGACAGGCUCGCUCAAGCCGAUGGUCGAUUCCGUGCACUCGUUCGACGAGGCGCUCAAGGCCUACGAGAGACAGAUGAGUUUGAGGUGAGCCCCAAACUCACGCUGAGCCCGCCAACGAAGCCCGUGUACUGACCAGUUUUUUUCCUCUCAAUCUGAUCAGGGCCAAGGGCAAGGUCGUCGUUAAGGUCGUUGCGUAA